GAACCGUUCGCUCGGUUACCGGAUCUGGCGUGUGCGUGCCGACCGUUUCGUUUCUAUUACAGUCGUUUUGUAUUAUUUUUUUUUUCUACUUCAAAUUUAUUAUUGUAAUUUUUUAGUUUAGUUUUAUUAUUUAAAAAAAAAAAAAAAUUAUUCGUCCGGCGAUAAUUCAACUACUACAAUGCCAUCAGAAUAAAUACCGAUCACCAUGAAUUUGGGUAAAACAAGAGUGGAGUGUCCGGCUGAAAACACGACGGUUCGUGGUUGGUGCCCUCGAAUUUCGGAUAAUAUACUAUGUUGGAAUACAACAAAAGCCGGAACCUUAGUGUCCCAGUCGUGUUUUAGCGAAUUGAAUGGAAUCCACUAUGACACUUCACUAAACGCCAGCCGACUGUGUGGCGUUGAUGGUGUUUGGGUGAAGACGGAUUACAGUAAAUGCAUUGCUCUUGCUUUGGAACAACCAAAAGAAAUCGAGAAUCCUACGGUUCUCUACACCACAUACUGUUAUCUGUACGGCUACAUAAUCUCGUUAGUAGCUCUGCUAGCUGCAGUUUCGAUUUUCAUGUACUUCAAAGAUCUACGUUGUUUGAGAAACAAAAUCCACACAAACUUGAUGUACACAUAUAUACUGUCGGAUUUUACAUGGAUAUUAACUUUAAUAUUACAGAGUUUGAUUUACACUAAUCCUGCAAUGUGUAUAGCGGUUGCGUUUUUCUUGAAAUACUUUUUGCUGUCCAACUUUUUCUGGAUGUUUGUCGAAGGCCUAUACUUGUACAUUUUGGUCGUGGAGACUUUCACUAGAGAAAAUAUCAAACUUCGAGUGUACAUGUUUAUUGGAUGGGGAGUGCCGUUGAUCAUAAUGAUCAUUUGGAGCGUUGCCAAGAUCAUUACACCGCCUGAAAACGCGAUUGCCAACAACAGCUCAUCGUUGCCGGUCAACGGUGUCCAGUGCAUGUGGAUAGACCCUCAUCCCGUGCACGACUGGAUCUACCAAAGUCCGGCCAUUUUGGUGUUGAUUAUAAACUUGAUUUUCCUGGCCAGAAUCAUGUGGGUACUCAUCACGAAGCUCCGUUCGGCUAAUUCGGCGGAAACGCAACAGUUUCGCAGAGCGAGUAAAGCCCUAUUAAUUCUCAUACCUCUGCUGGGCGUGACUUACAUAUUGACAAUGGUAGGACCAUCGGGAAACAGCAUGUACGCCAACUAUUAUUCAUACGGUCGAGCGCUAUUACUAUCCAUGCAGGGAUUUAUUGUGGCAAUAUUCUACUGUUUCGUCAAUUCCGAAGUCAAGAACACAUUCAAACAUCAUUUCAUUCGUUGGAACGAUGCCAGAAACCUGAGAACCAGCGGUAGCAGACGAUUUACCUACUCAAAGGAUUGGUCACCUAACACCAGGUCCGAUAGCGUCAGACUUAACCGGCCAUCGAUCAUAGCCGAGUCGGCCAUGGGCAAAGGCAAGAGGGCCUCGACCGUCAGCAGUUCGACCACAAUGACAUUCAUCGUGUCCAACGGUCCGGCCGGCUGUGUAUCCGUUACCAACGUUGGUCAAAAUCGUUUACUGAACGCUCCACUGGAAAACCCUGUUUAAAUACUGUACGAUUUAUUUUAAAUAAUUGUGGUCACCCUGUGUCUGGCACAUGCAUAAUUACCCUCAUAGACACCCUUAGACGUUUUUGCGCCAUGUGAUUAUUUAUCUAAUAUUAUAUUAUGUAUAUUAUCAUAACAAUUUUAGACCCCUAUUAUACGUAUUAUUAUACUUGCUGAAUAAUAUAAUAUAAUAUUAGUUAGUCAUACUUAAUCCCGCCCGUGUGUUUGUGUAAGUUAAAACGAUUUCACUGUAUUAUAGUUAAGUGUGUGAAAUUUUGGAUAAAAACCUUUGGACUUUUGGAAAUCUAAAUUUCAAUCCAGAUAAUUAAAAAACUACAAAAUUGGACCUAUUUAAAAAAAAAUAGUCGUGCUACUUUCAUCAAUUUUCACAUUAGUUUUCAACGCGUUUUUAGAGAAAAUUUUAGAGCAUUGUUUUAGUUUUCAGUUAUUUCAAAGGAAAAAUUCCAAAUUUUAAUUGUGUGUAAUUGAAUAAUGUUAAUCCUAUGAAUUGACCGUUUGCGUAUGAAUAUAAUAGUUAUAAUUAUAAUUAUAUCUAGGACGAAUAUACGUAAAGAGUGUGAAUUGUGAUUUGAAUUUUCUCAUCCCAUUGGUUAUUACUAAUAUUAUUCGAGUAAACAUUAUGUUAUAAUAUUAUCAUCACGUUGGUGUGCUAACCCUACCAGAUAUCGUACGAGUUGGCGUUUUCCAAACUGUAUUACUAUUGUGUGUUUUACAACAUUACUUAUUAACUUAAUACUACUGGAUUUUACUUACAUUGUACAUAAACUAUACAGUUCUUACUAUACUGUAUUAAGAUAUUCUCUUAAGUGCAUCAAGCAACUAUGUGUUAUUUAUAGCAUAAUAUACUAGAUAAAAAUGAUAUCGUUAGGCUACUUCUUAAAUUAAAUAAUAAUCAAGUCUAGUGUUAAAUAUGAAACUCGAUCAGUUUAAGUUGUAUAUUUUAUUGACGUCCUGUAUAGCUAUGAAAUUGCACAAUACAAUUUUAUAACUUAAUAUUAAUAUUUUAAUUUAAUUUAAUUUUUUAUUUUACACAUCAUACGAUUUGAACGUUUUAAGACCUAUUGUGAGCUUGACUUUAUUUUCUUUAAAAGUUCUACGGACAAACUAAAUUUCGCUCAGUUUGUUUAUUUAAACAGUAACAGUUUUCAAUAUAUUACCAUAAAAUUAAUUGUAAUUAAAAGUACAAUCGAGUACUGCAGUUGGCUUGCGUUAUAAUACUGUGAAUGCGGUUGGAAAGGGUUUUCAAUUCUGAUAUUUUGUAUUAUAUUAAAUUAAUUUAAUUUUUUCACUCUGCCCUUCGUUUACACCAAGUAACAAUAACGAAUAUUUUCUACACUGUUGGAGAUAUUAAUAUUUUGUUUUUAGCUUUUUUACCGUUUCAUUUAAAUGACAUUUCAGUUUCUUGCGGACAAUUAAUAACCUGCGUUCUUAUAUUAUAAUACACUAUAAAUAUAUUAAAUAAGGUCAGUUAAUAAUUAGGUAUAGUAAUAUAAUAUUAUUUAUUUAUAAAAGAAAUGUUGGAUUGGACCUAUCAAAUUAACUCAAUAUAGGUUUAACAAUGAAAUUGUAAGUAAUUUUAUAUGGUUCAUGUAGGUAUAUGGGCGGUAACUGCAUUUUGACAAUGUUAAGUACUUGUACAUUUGUACUGUAUAUUUAUAAGUGUAGUUAGUCAAUGAGUUUGUUGUAAAAAUUAUCUAUUAUAUUAAACUGAAAUUUGCAAGAAAAGUUUGUGAUUGGCAAAUCCGGAAAAGGCGGAAAGAAAUAUUUAUGGCGACAAUUGAAGGGUUGAUCGCGAUACUUGGCUCAGGAUAGGUUUUUAUUUUUUAAAAAUUAUCUCAUUAAUCCCACGAACAACUGGUUAAAACAUGUUUUUAAUAAGAAAAUCAAAUACCAUUUGAUUAUUUCCAUUUAUUAUAUUCAUUAAUACAUAUUUAAGUAAUAUAAUAUAUUGAGUGUUUUAUAGUUUUAAGUUUAUUGUAUUAUUAUAAUAAUUGCAUUAUCCUGUAUAUUUAAAUACGGAGGACUCCCUGUCGAUGACUAUAAAUUAUAAUACUAUGCU